CGUGCGCAUCUCUUUUCUUUUUCGGAUUUUCUACGCUGCGGCUGGUGCUGAGGGUUCUCGCUAAGCCGCCCCGGCUGUCGCCAUGGUGAAGUUGAGCAAAGAGGCCAAGCAGAGGCUGCAGCAGCUUUUUAAGGGCGGCCAGUUUGCUAUCCGCUGGGGCUUUAUUCCUCUCGUGAUUUACCUGGGAUUCAAGAGGGGUGCAGAUCCUGGAAUGCCUGAACCAACUGUUUUGAGUUUGCAUUUGCUGUACCAUAUUAUAACCAUAAUGAAACAUAUUUACAAGAAGAACAACACAUUUAUCAUCCUACCACAUUGAAAGCUUACUUUGGGGAUAAAGGUCUUCUGGAUUUGGAAGCAAUCAAUGGACAGGAACAACAAGGAAGGCGUGCGCUCUGGCUGGGAUAAGAGAUGGGACGGCGUUCAGACGUUCACCAGUUGAAUGACACAGGGUUCUUCUCAGAUGAAUCUGUGGCAGAGUGGAACCUCUACUGACUUAUUUAUCAUAGACUGUAUCAAAAUAAAUGUUUUUAACAAUGUUA